AUGACCGACCCUCCGCCGCCCACCACGCCCGGCCCGGGCCAGCAGCUGCGGCCGCCGAGGCGCCAGUACCGCCUCCCCGACGACCACUCGCCCAACCGAAUACGUACUAAUGACGAUUUGUUGAACCGCCUAACCCCAAUGACCGCAGUCGAAAUGCUUCAGUCACCCAGCGCCGAACUUAAGCAAUGUCUCGACAAUUGCACUGUCAGCGAACAAGAAUUUGCCAUGCGAGCUGCCGUGGCCAGCCGGAAGAUAUACGAAUGGCUCGAAGAGCUAUCCGACUGGCCAUGGCCAGAUACCAGUGGCCCUGCAGGAUUCGAAAUGCCAGAUCCCAAAAGGAGGAGGUUUUCUGACGUAGAAGAGGAGAACACAGCCACGGGCGAGUCUGAAUAUAUAGGUAGCUUACCUGCUGAAGAUGUCAACCGCUACGAGGACAGAGUGGACGGCAUUUCUCACGAUAUGGACGAGUUGCACAUCGAGGACAUCAAAAACCACGUCAUGCACAGCCAUAUUAUCCCACUUUCCAGACCAGGAACUCCUGUAUCAGACACCCGCUCCGUCGCAACAAUGCUUUCAUACAAUCGUAUGGAUGACCUGACAGCUCUUCUCACGGCAAUCAUCAUCCAGGCACUGCCGAAUCUUUCCAAGCUCUGUCGGCUGCUAAAAGUAUGGCACAUUCGGUUGUCUGUCCUCCGCCGUAUUCCUGCAUUACUAGCCGGCAUCGCCGAGGCGGAAUUUGCUCUCGAGUCGGCUUGGAAUGUGUUUUUAUCACCAGCAAACACCCCACCAGCAGCUGAUGGCACUGAAGAUGACGAUCUGUCGCGGCUGAAGCAGGCUUAUACGGUUGUCAAGGCAGUGUUGGAGAAGCAAAUCACGAAAACCGGACGAAGCCUCGAUUACAUGCUAGAUAGCUUGGAGGGCCUGCAAGACACCCUGCCUGACGAUUGGCUUGAUCGAAUGGAGACUAUCGAGCGUAGUUACGCAGAUUGGGUUGCCGUCGGCGAACGUAAGAUCCGCGAAGGAGAAUGGGCGAAGGCCACGCGCCGAAAGGAACCGCUUCUACCUGCCUCGGAAGAACACGCAAGCGCUCCAGUUGCACUUCCAGUUGUGGAAGACGAUUCCAAGACUGUUACUCUGCCUGUUCCGAUCAAGAUCGACCCCCCUGAGGAAGAUGAAGCCUUGACAAACAAGAGCGAAACCAGUUCCAUCAUUUUCCAUGCCGAUGCUACCCCCGAGCAAUCUGAAGGGUCAGAUGGUGAAGGAAACCUGGAAGCCUCGCCCUCUCAAGUCCAAGCCCAGAAGAAAGUGCAGCCUGCGAAGACUGGCCUGGAUGGCUUCGCCGAAGCAACUAAGGCUAGGCGCACUCCACUAGGCGAGGUACGCAAUGAAGAAAGCACAAAAAAGAACGGCAUUUCUGGAGCCCAGGAAUAUAAGAUCAAAGAGGGAACUGUAUCGACAGCUAGGGCAGUCUUCGAAGGCAACGCUGCUACUGACUCUCAGUCGCCAGUAGAUGAGGCUGUCGAGAUUCUGCCAGAUACGCCUGGAAGCGAAGAGGAACUGGAGCUGCCGCCUUUGAUUCGUCCCCGGCGGCGAGACAGCAAUGCUUCCGAGUCAUCGACUGUCAUCCACGGACACACCAGUCUGCUGGCAGAUGCCACGAGCGAUAUGCCUGAAACUUCUGCCUCCCCACCUCUCCCGCGCCAUAAGCUCACUGAGACCUCUCGUCAAAAAGCUGGCACCGAUCGAUACAGGAGCGUUAGCCCCCCUAGCUCACCCCCGUUCCGACCCAGUUACCGGGAAGAUAGCGCCAGCCCGAUGGUUGGUCCUCAAGGCGACGGCCUUCUCCCAGCUCUCCCUCUGGAAUCCUCUUUCAUGGAGGAUGAUUUUGAAAACUCCUUUACCAGCGUGGGAACGCCAGGAGACUCGUCAAAUUCUAGGUCGGAUGACAAGCUCCGGCAGCAAAUCAGCGACAUUCUCGAUUCUAUUCCGGCAAAUAUCAAGUUGGCAUCGGCUCCCCCGAAGGUCAACCUGAACCCUCCACCGCCAGAUCUGCCCGCCAAGCGACUGAGGAAGCCGUCCACGGAAGCCAUGCGAAGAUCUGCUUCCAGUCUUUCCAUGACUUCGAGGACCUCGUCGCGAGCUCCGACGCCGUAUUUGACACUUGCUCCCGCCUAUGCGAAGAACCCGAGGCCGAGGCGCUCCCAGAGCAGGCAGGAAAUCAAGGUCUACCACCUCUCCCGCUCAACCGGUGAAGCGCCCAUUAAGCUCUUCAUCCGCUGCGUCGGUGAGAACGGAGAGCGCGUCAUGGUCCGUGUUGGUGGAGGCUGGGCUGAUCUUGGCGAGUACCUGAAAGAGUAUGCUGCCCACCAUGGCCGCCGUUCGACCAGGGGAGAGAAGGCCAAGGUCGAGGUCCAGGACGUCCCUCGACCAUCUACCAGCCGCGGCAUAAACUCAAGCCCUCCAAGCCGCCCGGCGUCAGCGAUGGACAUGUCCCCAAUGACGCCGCUCAGUGUACGAAAGGCUAGGAAAUCUUUCGGCGCGGCGGAUCUCUCUAGCACAUCUGCGCCCAUGUACCUGCCGCAGACGCCGGCGGUGCCGCCGAUCCCCGACAAGUACACGCCGUCUUCGGAAGAUUCCAACAGGUCGCGGUCCAGUUCGCAUGCCUGGGCCGAAGAAGACAGUUCAUUCCUUGGCCUUGCAGGACCUACAGGCCGCAGAGUUGAGAUGAGCGAGGAAAACCGUGCUUGGGUAGAGAGUGUCAAGGAAAAGGUGCGUCUUGCUAGCGGCGAGAUGCGGAAGACGUCUGAAUUUGGCGAUAUGGGAAAGGUGGGAGGAACGAAACGGAUUUUCCGGAAAGGCUGA